CUACAGAAAACUUGGAAAAUUUUUAGUGACUCGGACAACGUCAUCGAAAUUAAUAUACGUAUCCUUGUUUAACUACAGAGACUCGUUGAGACAAAAGAGCGACGAGCACGAAAAGAGUGUCGGGCGGAAAGGAACUACUUAGGGGAAAAAAUUCAAUGGUAGUAACAGUAGCUGUCAAACAGCGUAAGAGUUCGAGUGUGAGUGUAAUUGUGAUGCAAUAUAAAUAAACGUUUUUAGUUAUAUAAUUAACCACCAUGUCUAACCGGCCAGCGUUCGAUUACAGAGAUGAAUCUCAAGCAGAAAGGUUUGCAAGGAAGUCCAAAGACUCACCAUUUAUGAUCAUAGGUCUCAUUGGAUUAAUUGGUGUCUGUGGCUUUGGAGCAUACAAAUACAAAACUAGAGGCAAAAUGAGCACAAGUGUGUUCCUAAUGCAGUUGCGAGUAGCUGCACAAGGCACAGUAGUGUCAGCCCUAACAAUAGGACUAGCAUACACGCUAGUGAAGGAGCGUCUACUCAAGGAUGAUAAAAAGGAAUGAAUGAAAAUUUGUAAAAAAUAGGGAAACUGAUAUGCUUAAUGCAGUACUUAUUUGAAAUCUCAUGUUUUAUCUCAAAAAUCAAUAUGUUGUAACAUAUUAAAUAAUUAUGAUAUUAUUGCAUAAGUUUCCUUAGCAUAGUUUAGAAGCCAAUUAUGUUCUGUGAUCACUUAGCAGGUAUUAAUUUACAUAAGUUUAUGUAAAUAAUGUUAAUUUAUUUGAUUUAGUUAUAGAUAAUGCUCUGCUUCGCUGUGUCAAUAUGGUGUUGGAUCACUGUCAAAAAAGAAAGUUUUUGUUGUCAGUCAUCCAAUACUUUUUCAAAAAUGUAAGUCACAAGAUAAAACCUAUAGAAGUUUACAUACGCUAAUUAUAGUUUCUAUAAUGUCUUGUUACAUUGUACAACUGUCAUAUGGGAAUAUGUGAAAUCAUCUCACACAUAUGUCAUGUUAUAUUUUUGUAAGAUAUUUUAGAUACUGUUAGUGAAAUCUCUAGUAACAAGAAUCUGAAUGUAAUAAAGAUCUAAUAAAAUGUUGUGUAUUGGUGA